UGGCGACGAGCCAAUGAGAGUUGACGCCGGCCCGAAGGGCGGGGACACACAGUGCAGGCCCCGCCUCUUUCCUCCCUUUUCUCGGAGACCCGACGGCGCGAACCCAGCCUGGCUGCUGCAGCACUUGCUCUAACUUUGCCGCAGCUGCCUCCCUUUUCCCGGAACCCACUCUCCUAACCCACCCCUGGGAGGGGGAGAGAAUGUGGGGAGCACUUCAGAGAGGCCUAAGCUCCAGAGAGCGGGCCAUCUGGGCUCUGAAAGCAAAUUAGUUUUCCAACUCAUGUCUGGCUCCAGCGUUAUCCAGACGCCUGGAAGGUCCUUCCUGCAGUCUGAUCACCAUUUUUCCUGCUGCACUGACCUAUCAGCUCCCCUUGGUCUUCAACCUCGGGAAUGAUGGAUUAGGGGAGUCUAGAAAUGGACGAAGCCCUAGAAACGCAGCUGAAGACGAGCAGAGGACGCUUCUCGGCUACAGAAUCCCUCCCCACCUUGGAGCUCUUAUCUCAGGUGGACAUGGCCUGCAGGGUCCACAUGCGACCCAUUGGCCUGACCUGGGUCCUGCAACUGACCCUGGCAUGGAUCCUGCUAGAAGCCUGUGGAGGGAGCCACCCACUCCAAGCCAGGUCCCAGCGACACCAUGGGCUGGCAGCUGAUCUGGGCAAAGGCAAGCUACACUUGGCAGGAACUUGUUGUCCCUCAGAGAUGGACGCAACAGAGAUAUCGGGCCCUGGGAACCAUCCAGAACGCUGUGGAGUGCCGAGCCCCGAGUGCGAAUCCUUCCUGGAACACCUCCAACGUGCCCUUCGCAGUCGCUUUCGCCUGCGGCUAUUGGGGGUACGCCAAGCACAGCCGCUCUGCGAGGAGCUCUGCCAGGCCUGGUUCGCCAACUGCGAAGAUGAUAUCACCUGUGGCCCGACUUGGCUCCCACUCUCAGAAAAAAGGGGCUGUGAGCCUAGCUGCCUUACCUAUGGACAGACCUUCGCAGACGGGACGGACCUUUGUCGCUCGGCUCUGGGCCACGCCCUGCCGGUGGCCGCUCCUGGAGCCCGUCACUGCUUCAAUAUCUCCAUCUCCGCGCUACCUCGUCCCAGACCAGGACGGCGGGCCCGGGAAGCUCCCUCCUGGCGUUCCCGCCGCCCUCGCACCUCCAUCCAGGACGCCGCGGGCAGCGGGAGUGGCAGUGGAAGCGGCAGCGGCCCCUAGCGGACGCGUGGCCCUGAGUUGGGGGAGGGUCCCUUCCCCCAGCCCUGCCCCUCAGAACACCCAGAACCCCACCCCUCGCCCUCUCGGCCUUAUAUAAUAGUUUUGAGAUGUCUGUCCCUCCUCCCUGGAGCUCCAGAGACUCACCCCUCUCCAGGUUAUCCCAGAAAUGACCCAACUCUCUCUCUCACUUUUCCCUCUCCCCUUUGAAUAAAGUCGCCAGCUAGAGCACGUGA